AUUACUUUCCUAGCUAGCAUUGACUAGUGUUAUUACUAUACUGGCAUUUCUUUAUGUUCAGGAGCGCGUUUGAACGCAAAAAGGAGAAAAAGAAAUCGCUUUUCCAAUUGUUUAACCCGUAGGCUACGGGGCUUACAACAAAAUUUCAAACCGCUGCCAAAGACGCAAACAUCAAUAUUUUUCAAUGAAAUUUUGAGGUUCACUUCACUAUUAGUUGUAGUUUCAGUUAUGCUGGGAGCCACAAAAAUUGAAGCCUCGAGGACAGUUUUAUUCCGGUGGACGUCUGGGUCAGGAGAGGUAAAAAUUGCAUAACCUUCCUUUUAGCAAGGCCCCAUUAGUUGGAAUUCAAAUAAAUUCAUCUGAAAAGUUGUUCGUUCUAUGUAUUAUUGUAUAUUACGUCAGGCCUGGGGGUUUAGAAGUAUAUAGGUGGUGUAGAACUUUUUCCAGGUCUCCAAAAUAUUUUCAAUUUUGAGUCUAAUUUCUUUGCGCUUGUAAAAGAUUUUGAGGCACACAAGAAGUAGAUUUUUCUGUCCUAAGCUAGGUCUUAAGCAUAUUAAAUUAAACUAUAAGUAAAACUUGAUGGUAACAUACUGUUUUCGUUAGAAAAAUCAUGUUUUUCACGAAAGUAACACGAUUUUACAAGAAAUAGCCUACUUUUAGGCGUUUAAUGUAUCAUAAAAGGUACCGCAUUUAUCGCCUAAAAGUAGGCAAUUCCUUGUAAAAUCGUGUUACUUUCGUGGAAAACAUGAUUUUUCUAACAAAAACAGUGUGUUACCAUCAAGCUUUACUUAUAGUUAAAUUCAAUAUGCUUAAGACAGGAAAAUCUACUUCUUGCGUGCCUCAAAAUCUUCUACAAGCGCAUAGAAGUUAGACUCAAAAUUGAAAAUAUUUUGGAGGCCUGGAAAAAGUUCUACACCACUUAUAUACUUCUUAACCCCCAGGCCUGACGUAAUAUACAAUAAUACAUAGAACUAACAACUUUUCAGAUGAAUUCACUUGAAUUCCAACUAAUGGGGCCUUGCUAAAAGGAAGGUUAUGCAAUUUUUACCCCUCCUGACCCAGACGUCCACCGGAAUAAAACUGUCCUCGUGGCUUCAAUUUUUGUGGCUCCCAGCAUAACUGAAACUACAACUAAUAGUGAAGUGAACCUCAAAAUUUCAUUGAAAAAUAUUGAUGUUUGCGUCUUUGGCAGCGGUUUGAAAUUUUGUUGUAAGCCCCGUAGUCUACGGGUUAAAAUUCACUUUGAAAUAAUUACUAUCAAUUAGCGCUAGCAGUGUUGAUUGAUCUUGAGCUUUUCAUUUAUCAUUAUUCUUGUACACUGUUGUGGGUACUAACUGAUGUCAGUAUGAACAGGAUUAUGAAAUAUAACGAACAAAGUCUAACUGCUGUUGCACUGUGGACUAGUUACAGCAACAUUUUGAAAGAUUUAUUGCUUCCGAGCAUAGCCGGCAUCUACUCAGUUUGCGUGAUACUUGGGAAUCUUACCAGUAACUUUACUCUCAUGAAAUCGUUUUCUAAUGUGCCAUAUGAAGUGAUUGAGCUAGAUGGAGCCGGCCAGCUCGAUUCAACUACCAGCCUGAUGUUGGCUGGGAUCGAGUCUGGGUGUAACACUUUUAUAAUUCACCACCACGUGAUACUGGAUUUCCUGGACGUCUUUGUGGAUAUUCACGAUCAGGCCAAUUACAGGAAUCCCAACAAAUAUGUGCUUUUUCUGAUGGAAGAGCCAGCGUCGGAUGACUUCCUGGGGUCCAUUCGGGCGCAUUCCAGCGUGAGAGAAGUAAUGAAUUUGCUUAUCUUUCAGCCUAGUGAUGAUCGAUCUUGGAUUGAUCUGUUGACUCAUCGCUUCGUGAGUGGAGAACAGAAUUUGGAAUGGUACCGGGUCGAUCGAUACCAUAUUGAAAAACGCGCGCUGGAAGUUGGAAAUCAACUGUUUCCCGACAAAACAUUCGAUUUGAUGGGACAGUCUAUACGGGUAGCAACCUUCAACGUCAAUCCACAUAUUUUCAUGGUAGAGCCUAAAGCUGGAGAUCCAAAGAUUUGGUCUGGUGAUCAGGUGUAUUCGGUAAAUGGACCAAACGGAUUUUUGCUUGUGGAGUUUUGCAAGAAACGUAACUGUUCGAUUGAGUUGGUAGUAGAUUCGGUACAUAUGUGGGGUGAAAUAUACCCAAACAGGACUGGAAACGGAAUACUAGGAAAUGUCGUUGAACGACGUGCUGAUUUCGGCAUCGGAGCAAUAAGUAGCUGGUAUCACUGCUUCGAAUACUUGUCAUUUUCGUUUGCUUUUCAAAAAGGUGGCGUAACCUGCCUUGUUCCGAAACCGAAGCAACUUCCACGCUGGAAAGAAAUUGCGAUGGCCUUCUCUACUUAUGUAUAUCUCAUUACGAUUGUGUCGUUCUGCUUCGUAGUGGCAAUCUACAUGCUGAUAGUACGGUUUUCAGUACGAAGUCGGUUUGAAAAGUCUAUCGUCUGGAAUGCUCUGAAUGUGUUGGCUAUAUAUCUUCUCCAGUCUACCAGCGUUGUUCGAAAUCGUUCUGCCUCGGAAUCGCUGCUCUCCGUGACAGUGUUGAUAUUCAGCUUGAACUUAGCUACCAUCUAUUCAGGAAAGUAUGCAAGUCUUCGAACAAUACCCAUGUACGAACCUGCAAUUGAUUCGAAAGACGAUUUGGCUAAAAGUGGAAUUCCAUGGGUGCAAAUUCACGAAGCAUGGGCUUACGAUUUCAGUAUGUCAGAAAACCCAACCGAAGUGACUCUUCGAUCCACCUUCAAAAUUUACCCGGCCCCAAAACUUCACCAAAUUGGCUUCUUUAACGGUGUUGAGAUAAUUCGAUAUUCUGAAUCUGCAUGUCAAACUAACAGACUUUUUUGUUUGCUGGCUUGUGGGUAUUGUUUGAUCACUAAAGUGGGUAUCAAUCGUUGUGGUCAUAUUUACCUCAGGAUGGAGCAUCGUGAACGUGAUUUAGAGCUCGUGGCACAUUGGAAUACUUAUGAAGAAAUUUUAAAUCAUAUUUUUUUUCCUUACGUAGCUGGCAUCUACGCAGUUUGUGUGAUACUUGGGAAACCUAUCAGCAAUUUCGCACACGUGACAGCCUUUUCCAACAUCCCGCAUGUACUGAUAAGUCUGGAUGGGGUCGGUCAAACUAAUUUAUCUACCUCGUCCUUGUUGGCGGGAAUUGAGUCCGGGUGUAACAGUUUCUUGGUAUAUCAACACGCGGUGCAGGAUUUCCUAGACGUAUUUAUAAAAGUCCACGACCAAGCUGGUUACAGGAACGCCAAUAAACACAUAAUAUUUCUCUUGGAAUAUUCUGAUUCGGAUGGCUUGCUGGAAUCUAUACGAGGGCAUUCCAGUAUGCGAGAAAUCAUACAUCUACUUAUAUUUCAGCCGACAUAUGAUGGAUCUGCAAUUGAUUUAUUAACUCACCGAUUCACUAACACCGGGCAAGAUGUUGAAUGGUAUUUGGUUGAUCGGUAUACAAUUGACAACCAUUCCUUCUCAAUGGGACAUCAAUUGUUUCCGGAUAAAACGUUGGAUUGGAUGGGUAAGGCAAUUCGCGUGGCGACCUUCGACAUCAACCCACAUAUAUUUAUGGUGGAGCCAGAAAUCGAAACUCCUGUAAUUAAAUAUGAUAAUCAGGCUUAUUCACUAAAUGGACCGAACGGUAUUCUACUGAUGGAGUUUGCAAGAAGACACAACUGUUCGAUUGAGUUGAUCGUAGAUACAGUAAAUAUGUGGGGAGAAAUUCAUCCAAAUAGAACAGGCAACGGAAUAUUGGGAAAUGUCGCGGAGAGGCGUGCUGAUGUUGGCGUUGGAGCCUUGAGUAGCUGGUAUCACUGUUAUCAGUAUUUGGCGUUUUCCUUUGCUUAUGAGAGAGGUGGUGUUGCUUGCCUUGUUCCAAAACCAAAACAACUUCCCCGUUGGAAAGAAAUUGCAAUGGGGUUCACAAGAUCUGUUUAUGUGGCCAUUUUUGUUGCAUUCUGUUGCAUUGUGGCAUGUUACAUUUUGAUAGUACGAUUUGCGAUACAAGGUCCAAUGGAGAGAAGUGUAGUCUGGCAUGCUCUGAAUGUACUGGCCAUAUAUCUUCUUCAGUCUACCAGCAUCGUUCGAAAUCGCUCCGCAUCGGAAUCGUUGCUAUCCGUAGCUGUGUUAUUCUUCAGCAUGAACUUGGCUACUAUCUAUUUGGGAAAAUAUGCGAGUUUGCGAACUAUUCCUAUGUUUGAACAAGCAAUCGAUACUAAAGAAAGUUUAGCUCAAAGUGGAAUCCCAUGGAUACAAGCUCACGAGGCAUGGUCCUACUCAUUACGUUUGUCGAAAAAUCCAACGGAAGUGAAUCUUCUUUCCAACUUCAGAGUGUACCCGUUACCAACGCUCCGCCAAAUGGCCGACGAAGGAAAUUCUGCAUUCGCCCUAGCUCGGCUCCAUAACGGUCAUCUGAUGUUGGGUGAUUGGAUCAAUGCCGAUAAUAUCCGUAAAUACCACCUGAUGAGGAACGAUCUCUACUUCGAGCAUGAGGUUGCGAUGGCUACCAAAACGUGGCCUCUGAUGGAACGGUUCAACGAGUUACUGGGGCAGGCUACCGAAGCUUCACUCUUGCUGCUUAAGGAGUAUCAGAAUAUCAACCAGUACAAUGACUAUUACGUACAAAUGGUUGCCCUCAAUUCGCAUAUUCGUGAGCCGAAUGAACCGAAAGCUUUGGCGGUGGAGGACGUGCUGGGAGGUUUGAUCGUUCUAGGGUUCGGAUUACUCUGCGCGUUUGUGAAUUUUAUAGUUGAAAUUUGGGUGCUGUGUCCUUCCAAAACAGAUUUGGUGAAAGACAAUGAAUAAAAUUAUACGGUUUCACAUACUUACUUGAUGCUCAAUGUUGUGCCCUAGUCGCUGCCAGGCGGCCUCAACACUUAUUUCCUUUAGGUUGUAAAUUUUUAUUUUGAACUAAGUAAGACACCACUUUGAAUGAAGUAAGACACCACAGAAAUCACACCUUGCUUUCAAAGCACUUCUGUGAUGGAGAGUUCCACGUAGACUUCAAUCAUCAAACAAAUAAAUUUGGAGCAUACAACCUUUGGAUGUCACCACUCCCCUUCACUUCUAGGAGCCUGACUUUCGCACAUUCAGAUAACCUUAAGCCACUAGAUCCUAAUCCUCUCCGGAGCCACCAUCUGGAGCAUAUCGAGAUAAACU